CACCAAUAAAAAGUAAACUUCUGGUCAACGUCCGGUGAGGGGCAGGACUUCCUCGCUGUUGCUAAGACACUCUUGUUUGCUCCUUGACAACCCAGGCGGGGGUGCGCUGGCUGUGGCCCCGGCUCCGGCCCCCGCGGGAACAGCACCCCCUGGGGAAAGACUCUCUCCGCUCCUACCCACUUGGCAGGGCCCGCUUCCUGACUCUUGGGGCGUCUUGGUUGCCAGCCCCAGCACCUCCUGAGAGCCCCCUCCUCCAGUGGUCACGGUGGAAGGAUCAUGGGGGAGACGGAAGGGAAGAAAGACGAGGCUGACUAUAAGCGCCUGCAGACCUUCCCGCUGGUCAGGCAUUCGGACAUGCCAGAGGAGAUGCGAGUGGAAACCAUGGAGCUGUGUGUCACAGCCUGUGAGAAAUUCUCCAACAACAAUGAGAGUGCCGCCAAGAUGAUCAAGGAGACGAUGGAUAAGAAGUUCGGCUCCUCGUGGCACGUGGUGAUCGGUGAAGGCUUUGGCUUUGAGAUCACGCAUGAGGUGAAGAACCUCCUGUACCUGUACUUCGGGGGGACCCUGGCCGUGUGUGUCUGGAAGUGCUCCUGACACUCUGUCCCUGCAGGGCCUGUUCCUGCCUCUCCUCCGGGAUAGGCGGGGGCAGGUCCUGGCCUUUCUAAGGAGAGUUUGGGGUCUUUUCUUUUGUCCUUGUGUGCCCGUUUCCUGAGCCAUGCCCAGUGUGUGAAUCUGUGGACAUCUCUACCCCCAGGCUCCCAGCCAUCUCCCGAUGAAUCCUGAGUGGUAGCCAGGGCAAGGGCAGCGUCUCUGCAGGGGCGGGGAGGGGACAUGUGACAGGGUAAAAGGGUGGGGAGCUGGGGUUUUUCCCAGAGGGACACGCCAGUCCCGCCUUUCCCCAGAGCUGCUGUCCUUUAGCAUCUGGGGAGCCCAACUGUCCUUCUGUCCCCAGUACUGCUAAGAGGUGCCAGUGUCCUUGUUGUUCGUGGUCAUAUGGAUGUGGCCCCAAAAAGGAGCCUCUCUCAAAGGACACAGGCAGCUUCUCCUUGUCCUCCCGGGACACAGUGACCACCCACACCCAUAGCCCUUUCCCCAGCUUGAUCCUGGGCUGAGCCAGCAAACACCACGUCUCAUGGGACCCGUGGCGCCACAGCCGGGGUUUGGCAGGAGGACCAAGCAGGCUUCUGGCCUCGGGCGCUUGAACCUUCAGUAGAGCCGCGACCUUGCGAGGCCAAGCGCACAUGCGCAGUUGAGAGGCAGGUGCUGGGGCGCGUGCACGGCCCCCACGCACGCUCAAGUGUCACUGAGCUCCGGUGAGGCGCGGCCAGGAGGGCUCUCGCGCGGCCGCUUCAGCAGGGAACCUGGCCGCCAGUGACUUAGCAUCAGGGACCGCGUGCCGAUUUGUACUCCGUAUCUCUGCCGGGUUUUCUAGAUUCUUUUUGAGUGUGGGGAGAAGGGUUUUAGUAGAAGGGUGAAUCCUAUUUUACACAGCGGUCUUAUUUAUAUAAAUGUCUUGGUUUUUACAAUUAAAAUUACCAAAAACUGA